AUGAAGAUAUAUGGAAAGCUUAAAUGCAAGAUUACCAUGAAAGGUGUCACUACUGAAGGAGACGCCUAUGUGACGCCGCACAGCUCACUCUUGGUGAAGGCCAACUGCAACCCCAGACGUGAAGAAGAGUUGAAGAAAACAUUCCCGGAUGUUUUCGAAGAAGGUGUAGGACGCUGCACCAAGAAAAAAUCGAGAUUACAGCUAACACACAAUAUGCGUCAAUUGUUCCGUAGCAGCCGUCUGGUUCCUCAUGCGGUUUUGGAAGGAAAUCCAACGAAUAUUAAGGAACAGUACGAUAGAAGGAACGGCCCCAUUUGGAAGGAAUUUAAAAAGGGAGAGGACGUGUAUGUUAAGGUGUGGGAAGUCCCCACACUUCGCAUGGAAGCAAGGAGUUGUCGCAAAACGACUCGGGAAAGUCGUCGUGGAAGGAAGGCUGAUGCGGAACACGCAAAUCAAUUACGACACAACAAUACAAGGACAAGCUGGAGUCGUGAGGACAAGUCGUUGAAAACUCCGCUUGACGUGUUAGAAAUGUAUAACAAUCAGCUGAGAAACAAACGCGAGGCUGCUUGUGAAUCGGACGUCAACACCGCUCUACCGUGCUCUCCAGAACCAUCACUGCGACGAUCGACUAGAAUACGAAGACCCGUGAAACGAUAUGGCAUUGAUGUGUAG